CUCUUCAUACAAGAGAGCCACCGUAAAUGUGGACAUCAGGGAGUAAACUGCACUCUAGCAGAAAUCCGACAACGAUUUUGGAUACCCACAGGUAGACAAAUAGUAAAAAACUUUAUUCGGAAAUGCAUAGAAUGCAAACGAUGGAAUGGUAGACCUUACUUCUAUCCUGAUUCUCCCCCGUUGCCGCAUAGUCGUGUUGAACCAUCGCGUCCCUUUGCGCAUGUUGGUAUCGAUCUUGCGGGGCCGUUUCGAAUCAUCGAUUCUGAAAAGCAACAUUGUAAGCGAUGGAUUCUGUUAGCAACAUGCAUGACAACGCGUGCGGUACACUUGGAAGUCGUAAACAAUCUUAGUGCAGUUGAAACACUACAUAGUCUACGAAGGUUGAUUGCAAGAAGAGGAAGACCAGAAGAAAUCAUAUCGGAUAAUGCAACAAACUUUAAACUCAGCAAAGACAUCAUACAAAAUGAGGAGAACGUCAUAUGCAUCGAUACUAUUCACACGUUCCUAACGAAUGAAAAGAUAGAUUGGAAAUUCAUAACGCCGCUAUCCCCAUGGAAAGGCGGCUUCUAUGAGCGAAUGAUAGGAAUAAUGAAAUCUAUAUUACGCAAAAUGAUGAAGAGAAAGAUACUCGAAGAGCGCAGGUUUGCAACUCUUAUCGUUGAAACCGAGGCGAUGAUAAAUAUGCGACCGCUCACAUAUGCGGGAAGCACAAUAGAAGACUCGGUUAUUCUUAGACCAAUCGACUUCCUAAUACCGAAAGCUAAUUUAAACAUCAAUAAUCUACAAGAAGAAGAUAGGAUAGGAGACCCAGACUAUCUUCCCACAAUUUCGACGAAAGAGGAAGCAAAACAGUACUUUCUCCAGCAGCAAUAUUACCGUGACAGCAUGUGGAAAAUUUGGAGUGAGCAAUAUCUUCUCGAACUACGUAAUUUUCAUCAAAAACGGAUAAACCAAAAAACGUUUACUCGUCAAAAGCCAAAAAUUGGAGAGGUCGUUCUAAUAAUGGAUGACACAUUGACAAGAGGAGAAUGGCCGCUAGGACUAGUGCUCGAAUUGGUACAAGACAACGAUGGA